AAAUAAAUAUUCCUUCUAUCCUGGAUAUAAAGAAGAACACCCAGAAUUUCAAUUCUCUCUCUCUCUCUGUCAAUUAUAUUGAAAACCCAAUCUCUCUCUCUCUGAUCUCUAUCUGGGAGGACCCUCUUGAUCUCGCUUUGCUUUGAUCGGUUUUCGUUUCGGCGAGGAACUUUUUGAAGAAAUUCGGUGGUUCUUCGAAUAUAAUCCCUUUGUUUAUGAUAAUAAGAUGGGUUAAUCCAUAAUGGGGAAGUUUUUUACUUGGUCUGACAGUGGUUACAUAUGGAGUUUGUUUCGACAAAGUCAUGGAUAAGACUUCUUUGUAUGGCUUACCGGAUAUGAUGUGGAGGCAAUAUUGUUGGUAUAAAUUUGGAAGAGUGAACUUUUCUCCUAAAAAGCCUUGACUGUUGGAAGUAAAUUCUUCAAGAUACUUUGGCUGGGAAGGGAUUAUUUGUGACUUCAAUGGGGCAAAGAAAUAUGCUAUGCCCUAGUCAGAUGAUUGAUUUGGAAAUGAGUCAACAAGGGGAAGAUUAUCUCUGCCCCCCACCCUCCGUCCAUUUUGGGGGCGCUUCUACUAUCCAACAGCACAAUGUUCACACAAUGGUAACAGCUUCAGGGAGCAUUACUAGUUUGGAUGCCCAACAUUUACCGGAGCGUUAUGAUAAUGCCGCAUUCUACAGGAUGACCCAGUACAGUGUUCAGCAUCAUCAACAUAAUGUUGAUUUGGGUGUUGCAACUCCAGCCAACUAUUACUAUUCAUACAUGACCCCUUCAUCUAGUACUGGGGUGUUACCUGUUCCUCCAAGUCACGGGGCUUCUGAUCCUUCACCAUCUUCUAGCCAUUAUGGAGUCCUUGGAAUUUCUGCAGAUGAGUAUAAUAGAAAUAGUCACAUAAUGGAUGAUCCUAGAGGUCCGUACAAGAGAAAAAACCCUGAAGGCCUACCAGGGAAUUUUCAAUAUUUUAAUGCCUCUGCAACCCCUAGUUCUUCAGUGCCUCCUUUGAAUAUGAGGAAUCCUGAUGGAGUUGCUGUAAUGGAUGCUGUAAAUUAUGCCUUGCCUCAGUAUGCAGGAACUGGGAAUCCACCAAUUAUGGAAGCAGGACCUCAGAGUAGUAUGAGGAACAGAUCAGCUACAACUGGGCUUGAUUCUGUUAUGACACAUGACCAUAACCAUCUGAAUCAAGCAAAUUAUGCAGGUCAGCGCUUUCAGCCAGCUGGAACUCUCUGGUUAGACCAACAUUUAAGUGGUAACAGUGGAGAUGGAAGCUCUUCAUCCUGGAAUCAAGUUCCUACUAUUCCUUUUAUGCACGGGGGUAAUGUCACAGUAGGUUCUAUGGACAGCGGGAACAUGGGUAUGCAAAGAUAUCAUGAUUCAUCUAGCAACAGAAGUUCCUCUAUUCUCCGGCAUCCUCCUCCGCUCAACCACCGCCAUCAUAAUCAACACGUAGCACCACCCAUGCAAGGAUUAAGAGGCCACAACCUUAAUUUUAACCCCCAGGGUGCCACAGCAGCUUCAUAUAGAUUACCUGCAAGUUCCUCGCGCAGCACCAUGAAUCCUUCUCAGAAUGGUUUGGAGAUUGGUCGUAGGCAACCAGGAUCUAUUCCCUCGAAUGGCUUUAGGAUAUACAGGCCACACCAAGGAGUUAUUCCCGAGGCAGCUUUAAGACACCAGAACCUUCCCCACUUCAGAGUUCUUCAGGCUGAUGAAGGUGUCAUAGUAGAUGUUCCAAACUUUUAUGGCAGCUUUAUGGACCAGCACAGAGAUAUGCGGUUGGACAUAGAGGACAUGUCAUAUGAGGAGCUUCUUGCAUUGGGGGAGCAGAUUGGCCAUGUAAGCACUGGGUUGUCAGAGGAUACCAUUAGAAAACAACUAAAGUCAAGGUCUUAUUUAUCAUCUUCCAUUAAUUUAAACCUCGAAGAUGCUGGAUCCCCAGAGAAGGAAGCCGAUUCCUGCAUUAUAUGCCAGGAUAAUUAUAAGAACCGCGAGAAGAUAGGAAUUCUCCGCUGCGGACACGAGUACCAUGCAAGUUGCUUGAAGAAGUGGUUGCUUGUGAAAAAUGUCUGCCCCAUCUGCAAAUCCGAAGCGUUGAACACAGGGAAGAAGAAUGUAUAGGAGGUGUGACAGUUGAAUGACAAAGGACUCUUUGCUCUUUCAACUAACGUUAUUUUGUUAUAUAUUUUUGUAUAUGCAGCGGCAUAUAAAAUAUAUAUAUCGACCAACUGUUACCAUCCAGCUCGUUUAUUUGUUGGCUUUCCAAAACAUUGGUCAUGUAUCUAUCAAACUUGUACAGACUUUCUUUUCAAAACCAUUAUUUUAUUUUAUAAUUCUGCGUCCUGCUGUAUUACUCUCGGUAAUUAAGCAACCUUCUUGUUCAUUGGUGU